UCCGCGCCGCGCGCCGUCUGAGAGGACUCUGGCGCACACAGACUAGGUGCUUUUUUUUUUUUUUUUACUCAAAUUCCCCGUCACCGCUGCGCGCGUCUCACUUGCGAGGCGGGGCUUUUGUCAGCGUUGGUCUGGACGCGAGCCGAGUUCGAAGCGAGUCGGCGAGGCGCGAGCGCCGCGGCGGAGAUGGAGUCCUCCGCGAUGCAGAGCGCGUCUGACAGAAAGAAAAAAAGAGAGCAGUUGCUGAAGUUCUACGGCACGGAGCACGGGGGCGACGGCUCGCCGCGCGCCGCGUCCGGAAACGCGGACGCCCAGUACGACAUGGACCAGGAGGGGUUCGACCCCCAGGCGUACAUGGAAAUGAUUUUGCGGACCCAGUCGCUGAAGGAGCUGUUGGAGACGGACGCGAAGAUGACGAGAGAAAUCAAGGUGCUGGAGGACGACAUGAAGAGGCUGAUUUACGAGAACUACACCAAGUUCAUUACGGUGUCCGGCGCGAUUCACGACAUGCGCAACAUCAUCGGCGGGAUCGAGGACGAGAUGGCGAAGCUGGUCGACAGCAUUGGCAAAAUUGACGUGACCAGCGAGGGAAUUAGGAGUUCCCUGACGUCCAAGCGCGAGCAGAUGGAGCACCUGAGCGAGGUGCACUACUUGCUGGGGGGGCUUCAGCACUUGGCCGAAUUGCCGUCCAGACUGAACCGGGCGAUUGACUGCGGCGACUACGGCACGGCGGCGAGUUGCUACAAGAAGGCGCGUUGCGUGCUAGAAGAGUGCGAGCGUCUGGCGUGCUUGGCGCCGGUGAGGAGCAGGUGCACGGAGGCCAUGGACAGGCUCUGUUCGGAGUUGUUGGAAAAGUUCAACUCGCCCGCCGCGACGGCCGAGGAUGUGGCAGAGUAUAUUUCGCUGCUGUCAGAUUUCGGACAUUCUCAUUCUGCAUUGAUGGACCGCUAUGCGCGCUCGAGAAUCAGCGGGUUCGUGGAGCAGCGAGAGAGCUUCGAAAAGCAGAUAAGAAACGAGGACUGCGCUCCUUCCGAGGACAGCCCAGCAUCGGUUUUUACUGAAGGCGAUCCCUCCUCAGAGCAGCCGACGCCUGAUCGGUUCGAUUCGACGACCCCUUGGAAUUACCGACUCCUCUUAUCAUUCCACGACCAGGUCCUGCCCUCCUUCUCCAACUUCUGCUCCGUCUACGGAAUCAACCAAGUUCGCCGAAACUACAUCACCAUGGAAGACCAGAGACUCGCCGUGCUCAAAUUCGACCAACUCAUUCAAGAAUUCAUCAACGAAUAUUGUCUGUUUGUCCGCUACGCCUUGGCCUCCAGCACGCCGCUCUUCCUCGACGAAACACAGCGCGGACUGUCCCCCUCUUCUUCUCGCUCGUCCUGUCUAGACCUGCUCAAGUGCAGCUACACGGGCAUCGACACCAUCCUCAGCAGCUACUGGAGCCAAGUCCUACUCUCCUCGGUCCCCUCCGACCUAAUCGUGGAAAUCAAGGGUCACACGACCCUCCGCGACUCCUGCUUCUAUUUGAGCACCUUCUGCAUCUCCGUCAUCGACGCGCACUUCGACCACCUCUCCGCCCGCGCCUCUUCCCUCCUGCAGCAAAUCCUGGCGUUCCUAACCUCCCCCGAAUCCUCCGGUCCCCCGCCGUCCGCCCACUCCCUGGAAGAACUCCUCACGUCUCAAUUCAACUUCGAGGCCAUCAAAAGACUCAUCCUCGUCUUCUCCGUGUGCUCCCCCAACACCUUCCUCUCCUCCUCCGCGUGGCCAUUCCUCCUCCACGUCAAGGAGAGGACGCAGGCGCUCCUGAACCACGUUCAGUCCCUGCUCCGAGAUGAACCGAGCGAGCCCCCUCUCGACGGCGACGGUAACCCUAGCGACAACCCCAACGACAACCCUAGCGACAACCCCAACGACAACCCUAGCGACAACCCCAACGACAACCCCAACGACAACCCCAACGGUGACUGCUCAGCCGCGGACGUGCCGGUACCUUCCAAAUCCUUCGUUUUUUUGCAGCCCCGCGAAUCCGAAAACGCCUUUCUCUUCACCCCCCCCGUCGCCCGCCUCCUGUUUACUCCCUACUGCCUCGAGUCGCUCGGCGCCCGCGUCUCCUCGUCCCUGAACACUCAGUUCGCCGAAAUGCUCCGCGCCAUUGCUCAGUUCGGCCCGCUUCAGUACGGCCAGGACCGCCUGAUCAAUUCCGCCUACCAAAGCCGGCUCGAGCGCUCCGCGCGCCAGUACGUCGUCCGGCUGGUCUACUGUCUGGGCACCUAUCUCGGCCUCAUGUUCCGGAGGUCCGUCGAGUCCCACGACUGGCUCCACCAUCCGGAGCCGACCAGAGCGAGCCCAAGUCUCGACGUCUUGCUCGAAGAACUCGGCGCCAUCAAACUGCGCCUUCUCGCCCUCUACCCACCAGGGUCUAAGGUGAACCGAAGAACGCCCCUUCUGAACAUCCGCACAAAGUCAACGACGACCAGCCACCACUCUCUCAGCCAUCUGCUCCUGGACGAUGACCAAGCCGUCCCGCUGCUCAACCUCCCCUCCUCCUCGCAGCAACUCGAUCCCACCCAGCAGCUGUUCCUCAAGAAAUUCAAGCCGUAUCCGGACGACGCGCCCUUGACCGCCUACGCUAUCCUCACCUCGGUCGUCAACAUGGCUCUCAAAACCUGGCUGGAAACCAUGCGCUUGCAAACGCUCGGAACUCACGGGUACCAGCAAAUCCAAGUCGACGCGUGCUACCUGAACAUCGCGCUCGACGACUACGUGGACCACCCGGACGAGCUGGACUGCACCAUCGCGACCAUCGUCCAAACCUCUUCCGAGAGGUGCGUCGACCCCUCCCCGCUGGAACUCCAAACUCUCAGCAACCUGUGCGCCCAGCACGUGCUCCGCAAACCCACCGGCCGUAUCGCGCCGCACAAAAAAGACCACGCAUAAAAACAAAUGACGCACAUCUACACACA